AUGGUGGAGUACGAUUUCCAGGCGCAGUUUGCGGAGCGCCAACCGCCGUGGGACUACGACCGCAUCGUGCGCUCCAUCACCCAAGGCACAUCGUGCACCGCCGCGAUCGAGGCCAAACAGUCGGCGGUCACGGACAUACCCGAGGAUGUCGGCUCUGUCCUCGGCCAGGCUCGGUCCGUGGACCUCGGGGCCCCGCGUGCUCUGGAGGUCGGGGUCUCGGAGCCACUGCCCCCGCCCGGUCUUGGCGCCGACAAGUGCGACUUGCAAGCUGAGCUCGUGGAGAGAUUCGGGCGGCCGCUCACCGACGGCUUGGAUGCCGCGGAGGAGGGACACGUCAGGCCCCAACGCCGGCGGACCAUUCAGAGCGCCUGCCAGAUCAUUACUCCAGGCGAAGCAAUCUGCGUGCGCCCGAGCACGGGCGACUUCAUGGGCCACCCGAGCGUUGCUCGCGGACCUCCGUGCUUCUAUCGGAAGGAUUUGGAGGCGCUCUGUGGGAUUCGACAGCGGGCGACCUCGAGUCCGAUGGCGUUGGUCACCAAGCCGAAUGGGGUCACCACGGUUGAAAAGGUGAAGCGCGUCCAAGCUGGGCGAGUUGGCUUCGGUGAGAUCUCGCUCUUCCUGAGGCAUUCGUCAGUCCUGAGCGUUGAGAGAGCAGCGAUAAUCGCGCUCGUCCAGUUGGCCUUGCUCUCGGAGAUGGAGGUUAUCGCGUCGUCCUGGACUUUGGUGGAGAACGCGAACCCCUUGGCUCUGCAGGUGCUCGAGGACCUCGCGUUCGGGUUGGAGGGCUCGGAGGAGCUCCAGCAGUUGUUGCAUUCGGAGCACCCGCUCCUCAAGCUUCUCUUCGAUCGAGAGUUCGACGAGCGGGUGGACAUCGAUUUCUCGAUCCUCAGGGCACGAGCUUUGUCGAGGUCUCUCGCCACCUCGGCUGGAUCCGCUUCGGAGGACGUCGGCACGGUCGAGCUGCGGUUCGGCGAGCACGACUGCCAGGAUGCCCUCAGCGCCUGGCAGGAGGAGUGGCCGGCCGAGAAGAAGGAGUGGUGUUGCAGCAGCGAAGAGCUCGGCUGCGAGACCAUCGAGCAGCCUUUCGACUGCAAGUCGAGCUUCGACGACCGCGAGGAGAAGUGGACGUUCAACAAGAAGGACUCCCUGACUGGUGCUGCGCGUACCAGAGCGUCGGCUGCGAGGACGAGGCCCUCGUGGCGAGCCGCAAGUGGCAGCGGCCGGCGCGGCCGCUCCUGCCUGCCGGCGGGGGCGAGGCGCCCGCCGUGGCCGCCGCGCUGUGCUCCGCGGGGCUGCUGCUGGCGCUGA